AUUUUCUCUUGCCAGCUUUACUUUGCUCCGGGCACAGGGAGGUGUGGUUGCCCAUAUCCUCUAUAGGAAAGACGACCUUUUAAGUUAACAUGUUGUGUCAUCCACCCACACUUUUUUGAAGGGAUUUAAGAAAUUGUGAGCUUUUAGGACGUUUUGAAAGACGUCUUCUGAGCAUCCACAUCUGGAGGUACCCUCAUCUCAAGAUGGUUUGGUUUGGUCAUUUUCUCCUGCACUUCUGUUUUUUGGGAUCUCUUUACUCGACAUCCCAGGCUUGGCAUGUCAGAAUGCCAAGAAAUAUUAAGGCAUUGUACGGUUCCUGUCUCACUAUCCCUUGCAGCUUUGACUAUUACAGGUAUCCACCUACAGAUCCCACUCGAGUUGUUUGGUACCAGUAUCAUAGAAUGAGAUAUCCUGUGGUUUAUGACAAAAAUGAAGAUGAAAUCAUUUCGAUAUACAAAGGAAGAACCAGUACUGAUACAUAUGGAAAGAAAUGUGAUUUAAACAUAGAACCGGUAAACUGGAAUGACCACAGACAAGUGCUUUAUCCUUGGGUGGAUCCAGACAAUGUUGGGAGAAGUACAUACGCAUUCUAUGAGACAACUGUAACAAUUGAAGUAGUUGCUCAGCCAGAAGCGCCAACGAUUAUGAUCACCGGCGAAAGGAAAGUUGGCAGUUCUGUAACAGUGCAAUGCUCUACUUAUCACACAUGUUCCAGAUAUCCCCCAAAGCUCAGUUUCAACAAGGCACUUACAAACACGCAUAUAAGUAAUGGCUAUUAUAAGACCACCUUAACAGGAACUUUGGUCUUAGAUAGAGACCACCAAACCGUGGAAUGCACUGCCAAGCACAGAGGUGGUAAAAUAGCAAGAAGUUCUAAAACUCUAGAUGCACAAUGCUCCUUUUUGCCUUUGACCAUCAGCCCUACAUCAAGUGAAUAUCUUGAAGGAUUUCCAAGCACAGUAAGAUGCACAGCUUCAUACACUUGCUCCAACAAUCGACCAAGUCUCACGUGGAACUAUGCUAACAUGCCUGUUAGCAGUAAUACUGUCAAAGAAUCAUGGAGGACAAUGUGGACAACUGUUUCCACUUUGACAUUCACACCAUCAGCCAAAGACCAUGGACAUUAUCUUACAUGUUUUGCACGAUUUGAUGGAGGACAGACCCAGGAGAAGAGCAUUACCAUAUCGGUUAAAAGAAGCAUGCUCAAUCUGGAUUGGUCUUUCACUACGCCAAGAAGCAUAACAGGAUUAAGAGGGGCUUGUAUUGUUAUUCCUUGCAAGUUUACAUACAGUAAAUCACAGCCAGAUGGCCUCCAAGUUAUAUGGUACUUGCACCAGAGUAAUGGACGCCCAACUGUUUUCAACCAAAAUUACAGAAAUAUUUUGAGCAGAUAUAAUGGGAUUACAAGUUUAAGUGGCUCUGUGACAGAGACAAAUUGUAGUCUUAAAAUAGACAGACUGGAGAUGUCCCACAACCAGGAUCGACUUUACCCAUGGGUCGAUAAGAACCCAAUUACUUUCUACCAUUCGCGGGGAAUUUCAUUUUUGGAUAAAAGCACUCAAAUUUUGGUUAGAGACCAAGCACCAGAACCACAAAUGAGCAUCAUUGAUGUCCCUAGGGUAGGGGAUCAAAGCAGAGUUGCCUGUAAAGUGCAACAUACAUGUAUUUCUGCUCCUCCUGUACUGUCUCUAAAUGGUAUACCUGGAACAGACCGCAUCAUUGACACACUGGAGUCAGAUGGCAUUUGGACAAGAACAAUAGAGCGAACUUGGACAGUAGAAGAAGACCACAGCAAGCUGGAGUGCACUGUGAAAUAUUCUAGUGGACAAGUAGCCAAGAGUGAGCUCCAAGUGCAUGUUCUGUGUCCAUAUGAAGAAAUUAAAAUGGUAGAACCUCCAGGAGAGGUGAUCGAAGGUGUGGCAAAGAGUGUAAUCUGUUCUGUGUCCUACAAGUGCAAGAAAAAUACACCAAAAAUUGAAUGGAACUAUUCAGACAUGCAGAAUGUAUUAAUGCACGGAAAAAUAUCCAGCAACACCUACACCACUGAGUCAAAUCUGACGUUUAUUGGCUCUUUGGGAGACAACGGAAAAACUCUAACCUGUACUGCACGGUUCAUCACUGGAGAAACCUCAGAGUCCUCAGUUCUGCAAAUCAAAAAAUACGAGGAACCAGUUGGAGAAGAACUGAAUUACAAAAAUGCUCACCGGGUCCUUGCUGCUGACGUCCCUUUCAGAUUCAGUGCCGUGACUCGGUCCUGUGUGGUAAUCCCCUGCAGUUUCCAUGAUGAUGAGGAUCAACCAAUGACCCGUGGUAUAUGGCACAAAAAAACUGGGGGGAUGGUGUACCAUAACGCCCGGACUUAUGUUUUGGACCACUUUAAGGAUCGAACCAGAAUUGUUGGAAACCUGAACGAAGGAGACUGCUCCUUGGAGGUUGAUGAUAUAAAACCCUUUGACAAUGGGCCUUUCUGUUUCUACGCACAGAAAGGAGACAAUGACUACAGAUUUAACAAGAGCUGUGUUUUUAUUGUCAUGAAAGCUUCUCCAGACAAACCAGUGAUGAGCUCAGUUCCAGCACAAGUGAAUGCUGGUUCGACUGUGACCGUCUCCUGUUCUGUCAGUCACUCGUGUUCAUCACACCCUCCAGAGAUUUCAUGGAGCGUCCCUCCUAUCAACAAUGAUGUUUCAGACACUUUGGUAUCACGAGGUGUCUGGAAGAGGACGUCCACCAUUACUUUUAUGGUUGCUGCAGGAGAUGGACUGAAAAACCUAACCUGUACCGCCACCUUCUGGGGGGGAAAGAAGCAAGCCAGCAUGGUCACAUUAAUUGUCCAAGGAACUCUGAAGCACCAGAUGGAGAAAUCUGUUCCUGUGGUUGUUCCAGUCUCCCUGUUAGUUCUGAUCCUCUUAGCUGUCGUGAUUGCCAUAGUCUUCCACCUGAAAAGAAAACAUGCUGAUGAUGCUCUGAGGGCACCACCCCGACCAGACAAAAGGAGGUCUUUGUGGGAUAGACUGUCCAGUUUAAUGCCCAGAAGAUACCCUCAGGAAGGUGGAGAGAAACCUCCAAGGCCAGAAAAAAGGAGAUCAAUUUGGAGCCGUUUUUCUCGAAGAACAGAGGAUGAUCGAAUUGGGUGGCAAAAUCAAAGGCAGUCAUUCUGGAAUAGAUUCUCAAGACGCCAAAACCGUUUGGAUGACCUUAGUGUCAGUUAUUUAACCAACACAGAAAAGGUCAUCUGUAACAAACAGCGUUUUCCUUCGCCAAAAAAUAAGCAAAGGCGACCUGCUCCCCCAACACCAGAGGAUGGUAACCUGUAUGGAAAUAUUUGAAUACAACAGAGCCAGCGCAUCAUCUUGGAUGAGACUUUCUGUAUUUCUCCUGUCAAGUUUCAAUUUAUUGUUCUCAUUUGCUCUGCUUUUCAGCUAAAUGGCAAAGUUAUACAUUUCAUUUAUGGAAGAAAUAAAGAAUUAUUAAUAA